AUGGACCUCUUUGAUCUUGCAACCUACGAAAUCCCAGCCACACUCUACAGAGUCCAAUAUGCCGAGUCCGUAACAAAAUACGACUACGACGGUGGCCUCGAAGCCCAAGACCAUAGCACCAUCUACGACGAAGGAGAAGGCCUUGAUAAUUUCAUCAACGCAGUGGAGCGGCAUCUAAGCUGGGAUUCCGAAAACACCAUCUUCAUCUCACUCUUCUCCGACAAAACCUGUGCCGAAGACUGGAUGCUCGAAAGGCAUCUACGAUUCCGUAGCACAGACUGCGCCCUCCUUGAAAUUGACAUGACGGAACUUCUGGGUUUUUAUGUCUUCCAUGCCCAGGAGAUAGUUGAUAUGUUCUCGUUGUCGAUCCCGGAAGAAGCAUAUUCUACUAUCGCUGAUGAGUACCUCGUCGUUCAUUAUAUACCGCCUAGCUCUAUCAUGAGCAGUCAGAAUGUUUACGAUAUCGAAUAUGGUGAGAGCUCCUGGGCUUCGCUUGGCCUACCAUAG